AUGAAGUCUUCGGUAGCAGCAUCUCCACCGUCUGACGAUGAUUCAGAGAACGAAGAGACAGAGCCAACGCCGACUGGACGACCUUCGAGACCAGAAAUUACAGACCAGCAGUCAUAUCCUCGGCCCAACCUGGUGCGAUCACCUCCAGUACGGUUAUCAGAACUCGAGCAGGCUGCGCAAGGACAGGAGGGUGUCGCCCGACGUGGCAAGGCUAGCGCUCCGCGUGGAGGCAAGCAAGUACAGAUUGGCGGUGGAGAUGGUAUAAGUGAUGAGCUACCACGGCCAGAUAUCAUGCGCGUGGUCAGUGGCACGGAGGAGGAGAGAUUGGUAAAGCUGAAGGAGGCUGUCAAUGCCAAGCUUAUGCUGCAGCAACGCAAACGUGGAAGCUAUGGCUCGAAACGACCUGCUUCCAUCAAGGAGGAGAACGCGCCAAUCUCUCCCUCGCUGAAUGAUGCGUUUGCCAGUCCUGUGGAACAGACGCGCCCACUGUCGACCGUAUCUACCGAAUCGACAGAAUCGGCGAAGACGGUUCGUGCCAGUUUGCCUCCUACUCCGGCUGAUGGGAAGCCCUUGCGCACCCCUUCUUACCCAUUCCCUUAUGUGCCAGGAACACCGCGCACGUGGUCUUCAGACUUUCAUCAGCCUUUCACGAGUCUGUCGCCUACAGUUACCGCAAGGCAUGGUGACCUGGAGACACCAGGUACAACCUCCAGCGACCUCAUGUCUGGCGGUAGUACGCCAGCAGCUGGUGCUUUUGACUUUGUGCCACGAGCACGGGGAUAUCAAGGCGAAGAGGAUCCGCGAUUCCCCACGCCUAACCUUUACGAUACAGUAUUGCAGUUGAACACAGAGCCGGGCUUGGAGCAAUGGUGGGCGACUGUGACUAAUCUUAUGCACGAUGACUACAAGGCAGAUCGUGUAACUCUAGUCACACCGCUGGAUCCGACCGACAUCGAAAAUGUGCCGUGGGGUCAGAGAGCUACAUUCAGCAUGAACGGACGUGAGGAAUUUGUGCCACAUGGUGUAGUCGAACAACAGAUUGCACAUUUGCAGCGACCAGAUCUUGUGUUCAGAGGACCGUCUACGGAAUCGACACGCGAUUUCCAGAUGCAAAAACUCCACCCGGAAAGACUGCGACCAAAUCUCCAAGCCCGGCACUCUUAUGCUGGUCCGACUCCCGGACGUGAUUCGCAGAAUGUUGCCACGGCCGGUGCACUGCCGAAAGCGGGCGCAAGACCGCAAGGGCCGCUUCGUACCGUGACACAUGCACCUGGUGCCAUGGUCAAUCCUCGAGAAAGCCAGCAGCGAUCACUAUCUUCCAUGAGUGCUGCUUUGGGCCAAGCCACCCUCAGCGACCCGGAUUUUAGUAGUAUAGCAGGUGGUAUUGAUGCAGGACCGUAUGCCGAAGUGUUUCCUGCUUUGCGAAGCCUGGAUCAUGAAGUUCGACCCUUAAUUGAGUCUGGAGGGGUGAAUAGGGUACUAGAACGUGGGAAAGUGGUCACUGUAACGCGAGACUACACCUCGGAGGCAUCUGUCUCCACACCAUCUGCAACAUCAAUGCAAAACAGUAUGGGCCGUGGCGUAGCCACCGGUAACACGACCACUUCGGAAGCGGCUCAGCUAUUGGGAAAUUAUAGGAGCGUAUUUGUAGCUGACAAUCUGUUCGGUCCUCGACGAGAUUACGAAGAGUACGAGCAGUAUCCCACUUCCCCUUGGGCACAAUCUCCAGCACCUUCACCUGCGAUACAGCAGGAAGAAGAUACCAACCCGUUCUUCGCUUCGGAGGAGCAGCAGGUGGAGGAGUCUUUCAACCCUGUCACAGGCACGCCGAGAGACUACUCUCAAUUGGGCCAGGUCGAAGCGAUUGGGAUUGAUCAUGCGAGUACUGUGAUUCACAUUCCAUUGGUGCAUCCAUCACUUUCUCAGCCUAUGCAGUCGCUUAGGAUGCGACAAGCAGCCGAUCGGCCAGGACCACCAUUACGGAGUAACACCCUGGAUAUGGAGCGCAAGGCACCUAUUGCGAUUCUGUCUGUGCUAAGUUCCACCAUACCAUACCCACCUAACCUUACUCACUCGCUGAAACUACUCGGUCCCCACCUCGCAACAUCUUUCGCGACAGCGCAACAAUUUUCUGCCUCACAUCCGCAAGCGAUCAGUAUUCGCCAUCGUAGGACUGCGUCAGGUCACCACCUAGGGAGGGCCCCAAUGACGAUUGAGCCUACCUCGCUGGAUGAUAUCAUGGACGCCGAGCUUGAAGAACCAAUGGGAUCAGUGUCGGGCAGCAUGACCAGUACCUCUGACUACUCUGGGCGAUCCAGAAAUAGUCCAACAAGCUCAAUCGUUGGUACACCUGGAUGGGAUCCUGCCGCACAUGGCUGGAGCGCGAGCAAAUCUGCCGUCGUAACGCCAGCAUUGACUGGCUCUGAAAUGGUCGACAACUACUUUGAGGCCAAGAAGCGAUCCUCGCAGCGAAGCGGCAGUAAUCAGCAUGCAUUGACGCACGCAAUGCCAGUCAAGCCUCCCCCGGAGAAAGCUGGUCGGAAAGUAUCUCCGGGCCAAAAGGAGGAGAUGCGAAGUCCACAAACCGACAAUCGAGCUCGCACGGCCGCUACCUCGAAGGACGGCAAAUCCAUUGCCCAAUCUGCUAGAGGACAAAGCCCCCCACAUGCUUCGGACCUUACCUCGCCCUCGCGGCCAGGGAUGCAUCACUCUGUCUCGCACUUUGCAGGCCAGUCCGAGGCAGAUGCUGCGAGGCGGCACUCGCUUCUGCACUCCUACGGUGCUGAUCUGGAAAGCUCAUUUGGGGCUGCUGGAGGAGCUACUACGACUGUGGCCGGGCACGGGCGCAAGGCUUCGUACAGCGAAGACAUGCCUCCACCAUCCGAGCGCUUACUCCGGACCAUCAUUGACUCUGUUCCAGUACAGAUCUUCACUGCUCGGCCGGAUACUGGCCAGCUCUCAUGGGUGAACUCCAAAUUCCUCAUCUAUCGUGGGCAGGAGCCACGCCAAGUAUUGAGCCAGCCUUGGAAUGCCAUUCAUCCCGACGACCGCACCGAGUUCAUGGCGAGUUGGCAUAGGUCGCUUCGCACCGUUCAGCAGCUGCAACAGAAAGUUCGCUUGGAGAGAUUCGACGGUACCUUCCGCUGGUUUUAUGUUAGAGCUGCGCCACUGAAGGACAAGCGUUCGAAAAUCGUUCAUUGGAUUGGUACGAUGAUGGACUUCCACGAGCAGCAUCUCGCAGAGACGAACGCUGCUCGCCAGCAAGAGACGGCUGCCUCUGAAGCAAAGUAUCGCGCCUUGGCGAACUCGAGUCCGCAGAUAGUCUUCGCUGUCAGUCGCAAGAAGGGGGUCAUAUUCUGCAAUAGCCAAUGGCUCCAUUACUCUGGACAGACAGAGGCUCAGGCACUUGGUCUCGGCUUUGUCGAUUGUGUUCACCCAGAUGAUCUUGUCAAAUGUAGGCUCCCGAAUUUCGACGAUGAGACUGGUGAGCCCAUCGGAGUGCCUACCUCUCUGCCGCCAGAGCUCAGCCGUGCAAACACAGCAUCGGCAGCAUCUUCGAGUGGAUCAUCGGAAACCGAGAGACCUGCUCACAGCUCGGACUCGUCUUCUUCGCCAGCUUCGGUGAUGCCGCAACGGAAACUAUCCGAACUCGCAAGUAAAGGCAUACUGAAGGUCUCCAGAGACUUGGACGGCAAGCCUUUCUAUUCCACGGAAGUAAGACUCAGGUCGAAGGAGGGCGACUACCGGUGGCAUCUCGUACGUGUGCUACUUGCGGAGCCGCUGGUGCAGCAAGCUAACGAAGAGGAAACCUGGUAUGGUACAUGCACCGACAUUAAUGACCACAAAACUCUGGAGCGGGAUUUGAAGGAAACUAUGGAUGAAAAGUCACGCUUCCUGAGCAAUAUGUCGCAUGAAAUCAGAACACCACUCAACGGCAUCAUGGGUAUGGUCCAUUUUCUGAUUGAUAGCAGCCUCUCUUCUGAGCAGAUGGAGCACGUCAACAUUAUUCGUGCGAGUACUGAAGGUCUUCGAGGUCUCAUCAAUGACAUUCUCGAUCUCUCGAAAGCUGAGGCAGGCAUGAUUCAGCUGAACUAUGAUUGGCUCUAUAUCCGGGCAUUGAUCGAAGAAGUCAACGACCUCACUUCAGCGAUGGCCAUAGACAAAGGCCUGGAGCUGAACUACCUCGUGGAGGAAGAUGUGCCAGCCCAGGUCAAGGGCGAUCGAUUCCGGAUCAGACAAAUUCUACUCAACGUUAUUGGUAACGCCAUCAAGUUUACGCAAGUGGGCGAAGUCUUCGUGCGCUGCAGUGUCAUGGCUAAAGGAGAGCGCGAACUCGCUAGGAACGAGAAGCUUAUCAAAUUCGAGAUCGUCGACACUGGUCGCGGCUUUAACGACAAAGAGGCUGAGCAUUUGUUUAAGCGCUUCAGCCAGAUUGAUGGCAGUAGCACUCGUCAACAUGGUGGCACCGGGCUUGGUCUUGUCAUCUCACGCCAACUUGCACAACUCCAUGGCGGCGACAUGAGCGCUAGGGGUGUGCCAGGCAAAGGGUCCACCUUCGCCUUCUUCGUACAGACGUCUCUACCAUCGAGACACGAUCAGCCACCAGCGGCGCCACCGACACCCGGACCUGCAGCUAGUAUGCCGAUACUGCCAAUGUCCCCCAGUGUCUCUGGGACGCCAACGCCGCUCGCCAGAUUGACGAAAGCACAAUCUAUUCCACAAGCUGGUGUUCAGGCAGCUACUCAACCGAAAGCGUCGCCGAAAUUCCUACCUGAGUAUUCUCAGACUCCAUCGCCGUUCUUGGUGCCGAAAGUGGCUCGAGAUUCACCUUCGGUAUCUUCAGUAGGCUCGGACUCAUCACAGUCGAUUGGUCGUACAGACAGCCUGCAGUCCGAGCGCUCGUCUGCUUCGUCGUACAUCUCGAACGCGGCUUUUGCAAGCCCUGCACUGAGCUUGUCGCUACCAGAGGAAAGCAAGAGGUCGAACUCGGCAUCUUUGGUUACUCCAGUCGUGCCUGGCGGUCUUCGAGUAGUAUCACCAGGUGGUAGCCUCGUCCCACCAAUGUUUUCGAUCAUGGUGGUGUGCCCUCUGAAGUACAGUCGCGAGGCAACAGUACAGCAUAUCGACCAGACACUCCCGAAGAACAUACCACAUCAGAUCACCGCGCGUGAAAAUCUGCUAGAGUGUCAGAAGAUCUUGGGUGGUGAUACUCCGGUUAUCUUCACGCACGUUGUCGCUUUCUUGCAGGACGUUGGAGACAUUGUCGCCCUCCUCGACCAGAUACUCUCCUCUCCACCACACUCGGCUACCUCAAUCGUCAUCAUCAGCGACCUGGCACAACGCAAAAAGAUCAUGGAACAUGCUCCCAAGUACGACUACGACGCUCUCAUUAAGGAGCGCAAGCUCCGUUUUGUGUUCAAGCCGCUCAAGCCAUCACGCUUCGCCGUCAUUUUCGAUCCGCAGAAGGAACGUGAAAUGAGCACAGAUCGGAACCAGGACAGCGCACAAGCCGUCGCCGUUAGUCAAAAGCAGGUAUUCGAGGAACUCAAGAAAAGGCUCGGCAACAAAGACAAGCGCGUACUGCUUGUCGAGGACAACCGUGUUAAUCAGAUGGUCAUCCUCAAGUUCCUCAGCAAAGUCGACAUCAAAGUCGACACCGCCCUCGACGGCGUCCAAUGCACGGACAAAGUCUUCUCCCAACCCCACGGCCACUACAGCAUCAUCCUCUGCGACCUACACAUGCCCAACAAAGACGGCUAUCAGACCUGCAAGGAUAUUCGGAAGUGGGAGAAGAAACACAAGUACCCUUACCUCCCGAUCGUCGCGUUGAGCGCGAAUGUGUUGGGCGAUGUGUAUCAGAAGUGUGUCGAGGCCGGGUUCAACAGCUAUAUGACGAAGCCGGUGGACUUCAAGGAGUUGAGUCAGGUUUUGAUGGGGACGAUGGAUCCGGUUGAUCCAAGCAAGCCGCAUGAGUUUAUGAAGAGGAAGGGGACGGCGGGGAGGUGA